AUGCUUUCAAAGAAACUAGCUAUCGAUAACAUCCCUCAUCUCAUCAAGGGAAAGAGAAUUCUUAUGAGAGUUGACUUUAAUGUGCCAAUUAAAGAGGGAAAAAUAAAAGAUUUAACAAGAAUCAAUGGGGCUUUACCAUCAAUUAACUAUUGCCUUGAUAAUGGAGCUGAAUCAGUAGUCUUAAUGAGUCAUUUGGGUAGACCAGAUGGACAGAGAGUAGAGAAGCACUCUAUGAAGCCUAUUGUUCCAGCUCUUGAGGAUUUGCUCAAGAGAAAAGUAGAGUUUUUGAAUGACUGCGUUGGUACCCAAGUUGAGUAAGAGUGCAAAGCUGCAUCAAAAGGAAAAGUUAUUCUCUUAGAAAAUUUAAGAUUCCAUAUGGCUGAGGAAGGUAAAGGAGUAAUCAAUGGUGAAAAAGUUAAGGCUUCAAAGGAUGAGAUUGCUGCAUUUAGAAAGUCCCUUACUUAACUCGGAGAACUCUACGUUAAUGAUGCCUUCGGAACUGCCCAUAGAGCUCACUCAUCAAUGGUCGGAGUUGACGUACCAGUAAGAGCUGCAGGUUUCUUAAUGAAGAAAGAAUUGUAAUACUUCUCUAAAAUUCUUGAGAGCCCAGAGAGACCAUUGACUGUGGUAAUGGGAGGAGCAAAGGUUGCCGAUAAAAUUCAAUUAAUCAUGAAACUCCUCGAACUUGUUGAUGAGAUGAUUAUUGGAGGUGGCAUGGCUUUCACUUUCAACAAAGUAUUGGACAAUGUGCAGAUUGGUAAAUCUUUGUAUGACGCGGAAGGAGCUAAGAUUAUUCCUGAUAUCAUGGCGAAGGCAAAAGAAAGAGGCGUUAAGAUUCAUUUGCCAGUUGAUUGCAUCACUGCAAACAAGUUUGAAGAAACUGCUGAGACGAAAUUGAUUGACUUAAGUUAAGGUAUUCAGCCAGAUUGGCUUGGACUUGAUAUUGGUCCCAAGACUAUUGAGCAAAACAGCAGAGUAAUUCAAAGAGCAAAGACUAUUUUCUGGAACGGACCCUAGGGUGUAUUUGAGAUGGCACCAUUUGCAAAGGGAUCACUCGCAAUGCUUGACGAUAUUAUUAGAGCUACCUAAAAUGGAGCUAUAUCAGUUGCCGGUGGCGGUGAUACAGUUUCCCUACUUGGUAAGGUACCAGGAGCUUCUCAAAAGAUCUCUCAUGUCAGUACCGGAGGUGGUGCCUCACUCGAACUACUUGAGGGCAAACAACUUCCAGGAGUUGUAGCACUUUCAGACAGAGAAUGA